AUGUCAGCAAGCCAGGACAUCCCCAAGUCCACCCAGGACUCGGCAUCAGCCGCCAGUACGUCCACCCUGCAGUCCACCUCCAGCACCCAGCAGCAACAACCCAGCACACUCAGCCACACCUCCGAAUGCCUCAGCCAAUCCGCCUUCCUCUUCUCACCGGUUUUCUGGAACGGUGGUACGCAAACUGAGAAUGGUAUCCUGACCGCAGGUUCUCUUCCCACAAUCGGCGAGCCAUUCGUGGCGGGAGCUGAUCUUGACCCCAUUGUUGCUGGCAUCGGAGGCUGGGCAGAUCCAGAUCUUGGAAGAUUGAGUGACCUCAAUAUCGACAUUGAGAGUGAGGUAUACAAGUAUGAAAUUAUUCGUGAUCUACUACGCUGA